AUGGACAGAGAUAACUGCAGCAUGUCUAAUCUCACUGCAGGGUUUCCAAUAACAUUCAGUUCCAACAUGAGGAUGGACCUCUGCCCAAGAACCAAGAUUGGCCAGGAUGAUCUACCAGGUUAUGACUUAAUUUCACAAUUCCAGCUUGAUGACGCUGCUUCCAGAGGCAUUAUCCAACGUCUGGAGGGCUCCACAUCUUUACAAGUUGCUUACAAAUUAGGUACCAAAGCAGACUUCAGGAUUUCUACUAGAUCCUUGUAUCCUCAAGGACUACCUGAUCAAUACUCCAUUCUGACUACUUUUCGGAUGACGGGGAAUACAAUUCGGAAAUCCUGGAGCCUAUGGCAAGUUCUAGAUUCCUCUGGAAAAGAGCAAGUUGGACUGAAGCUUAAUGGGCAAGCCAAAUGUCUUGAAUUCUCAUAUAAAGGAAUUGAUGGAAGUCUCCAGACAGUUUCAUUUUUGGAUUUACCUUAUCUUUUUGAUUCCCUGUGGCAUAAAGUUAUGGUCGGUAUAGAAAAGAAUUCUGCUACACUUUAUAUUGACUGUGCUAUGAUACAAACAUUAACCAUAAAACCAAGGGGGAAGAUCAAUAUUGAUGGCUUUACCACAUUGGGAAAACUGAAAAAUAAUCCUCAAAUUUCAGUUCCGUUUGAGAUCCAGUGGCUGAUGAUUCAUUGUGACCCUCGGCGUCCUCAAAGGGAAACAUGCAGUGAACUCACCAUCAGGAGCUCGAUAAGUCAGACAAUCGUAAAGAGAGGCCCUCCAGGUCCAGAAGGCCCCCCUGGCCCCCCAGGCUCCCCAGGUGUUCCUGGCAUUGAUGGCAUAGAUGGAGACAGAGGUGCUAAUGGCCCCCCAGGUCGUCCAGGUCCAGAUGGUGAUGCUGGAAAACCAGGUGUCCCUGGAUUGCCAGGAAUACCAGGAGCUGAUGGAUUGACAGGACCUGAUGGAUCACCAGGUCCAGCUGGUCCAAAAGGACAAAAGGGUCCUCCUGGUAUAGGAGGACUUCCUGGAGAAGUGGGAAGAGUUGGGCCACCUGGUGAUCCUGGAAAGAGAGGUCCUGCAGGAGUGCCGGGACCGCCAGGGCUGAGGUGUCCAAAUACUUGCACACCUGGCCAUCCAGGAUUUGCUGGAAUGACGGGCAUGAAGGGUCACAAAGGAGCAAAAGGUGAGAGUGGUGAACCAGGAAAGCAAGGCUUUAAGGGAGAAGAAGGCGAACAAGGACGAAUAGGUGACAUUGGAGAUCUGGGGCCUCCAGGACCUCAAGGGUUAAGAGGUUUCAUUGGUAUUAUGGGCUCUAAAGGUGAUAAAGGUGCUCGUGGUUUUGACGGAGAGCCUGGUCCUCAAGGUCUUCCUGGGGCAGCUGGUGAUCGGGGACCAAGAGGUUCACUGGGAGAAACAGGCCCUGAAGGAGAGAAGGGUCCACAAGGCAUUAGAGGAAUUACUGGACUUCCUGGGCCCAAAGGAGAAAGUGGCUUACCUGGAGUAAAUGGCCGUGAAGGUAUACCUGCCAUGCCAGGAGCAAAGGGUGAACAAGGAAAACCUGGACCUCCAGGUGAUACAGGCAUUCAAGGAAUCCCCGGCUUAGCUGGCUCUGCUGGAGCAAAAGGUGUUGCUGGCCCAAAGGGUGAUGUUGGUCGUCCUGGGAAACCUGGCUUAAUGGGAAUUUCGGGCAAACCUGGAGAACAAGGACCACAAGGAGAACCAGGAUCACUGGGACCCAAAGGACCAUCAGGUAGCAGAGGUGAGCCAGGUCCUGCCGGUCCUCCAGGGUCACCAGGUAAAAUGGGUGCAGAAGGAGACACUGGACUGCCAGGUUUACCUGGGCCCCCGGGACUGCCAGGUGCUAAAGGCCAUAGG